AAGAAGAUAAAAUUUCUGGAUCUGGAAGAUGAAGGAUUUGUUACAGCAGAAGAAGAUGCAGAAGAAGAUGCAGAAGAAAUAACACCAGAAGAAGAAAAGGAAGUCGAUUCUGAUUCUGAUUCUGAUUCUGAUUCUGAUGAUGCGCCGGAAGAAGAGAGCACCUCGACAUCUAGACAAGCAAUAAUAGAACAACAAAAGGAAGCAUUCAAAAUAAGACAAGAGAAGAAUAGGCAAGAAAGAGAAAGAAGAAGACAACUAGAUUUACAAAACAAGCAACAACAAGAAGAAGCUAGAAAGACAAAGAAGGACAGAGUACAAGAGGAGUUGCCCGAGUAUUUACCAACAGAUUUGCUUGAAUCUGAUGACGAAGAAACCAUCACAAAAAUUCAACCUAAGCAUAUAAAACUUGAUAAAGAGGAUGAAAAAGAAAUAAGAAAGCAAAUGCUUAUGAAGAAAUUGGGCGAAAGGAAGAAGGAGAGACAAUCAUCCAUUAAAAAGGGACCGGUCAAUGUUCAAGUUCAAACAUUUAAUUCAAAGAAGAAAGUUGUUCCAGUUGCCGAAAAUAAAAUCAUUAACUCUAGAGAACAAUGGUUAAAGAGAAAAUCUUUAGGAAAGAAA